CGCCUCGCAAGAUAUCAUCAAGGAAAACAUGACCUCAAAAGUCGUCGGCGUUGGCCGCCAAUUCGUUGUCAAGUAUGGAAGAGGACUUGAUCUCAUCGAAGGUCAGAACGCAAUCUGGGUUGCAACUCACACCGGCAUUCGGGUGCCGAAAAUCUACGCCUUGUACGAAGACUCCGAAGACGAGAUCAAGUACAUCAUCAUGGAGCGACUCUCCGGUAUCACGCUAGAAGAAGCUUGGCCCUCUAUAUCAAAUGCACAAAAAGAUAUGGUGUGCGUAAAACUCAGAAAUAUCAUGCAAGAGCUCAGAGCACUGCCAUCACCAGGUGGCUACUGCAGUCUCGACAAAAGACCACUGCCAGACGGUCUCAUGCAUUUCGAAGGAACCCACGAAGACCCAUCAAUCAUAUCCGGCGGCCCAUUCGCAACAGAACAAGAUCUCAACCGUGCGAUAAUCCAACGCGCUGCAACUUUCCACGAGCACAUCAAGGGUAAAGCGAAAUUCUACGAACGUGUCUUUUCGGAAGUAUUCAUCAAUCAUCCUCCAACCUACAGCCACGGUGACUUCCAAAGGAAAAACAUCAUGGUGAACUUCCUCGAAAGUGGGGUUGAGGUUGCACUGAUUGAUUGGGAGAGUGCGGCUUGGUGGCCUUCGUAUUAUGACUACUCGACUGCAUUGUUUGGCUGUCACCGUUUUGCAGAUGACUGGCAUCACUGGCUUGAGAAAGUAUUGGAUCCGUGUCUGAAGGAGGCACCGUGGGUUCUCAUGUUGAUAAAUGAGCUGUACUACUAAGUACUGGUAUCUCUCACCACGUUAGUAUGAGGCAGACCUGAACAGCCGCUGUGCGUUCUCUGUGUCUCUCACUUCCUUGAUUUCCCACGGAUUAGUCCCAAUCAUGCUCAACUUGGUCUCCUUCAUCUUGUGCUCCAGAGCGAAAUUCGAAAUUUGAAG